UUUAUCUUCCAAUUCAGACGAACAAGGAGAUUACAUACAGCAUAAUGGCCUCUGUCUCUUCUUCUGUUAUCGUGCGUAUCAAAGAUAAACUAUGGUCUACGCUGUUUCCUGCUAAUGGCGCUAGCAGUAACGCACUACUAUCGCAAAAUCGAACAAGAUCAGUUGCAAUCGCAGUCGCGUUGCUUGGGCUUUAUCUUGCUUUUGAAAAGAUCACAAAACCACCAAAACACCUCCGUCACAUUCCCCAAGCGAACUUCUUCAAAUACGUGAGCAGCUUUUUGACACAGCAACCCUAUGAUGAGACAGCCGAAAACAUCACUGUUCCAAUAAGUGCAAAGACUGAGCAUGGAUCAUAUAUUGUUUUUGAUGUGUAUGGCUGGACUGUUCAUGUCACACGUCCAGAAUCAGCCAAAAAGUUAUUGCUCAAAGCAGAUCUCUUUCCAAAGAUCAACAUGAAUUUAGGUCGCCGUGACACGCUGUUUGGCAGAUUUGCGAUGGGUCCCAAUAUUAUCUUUUUAAUUGGAAAACAUUGGAAAGAGCAACGAAGCGUUAUGAACCCAGCUUUCCACAGGUCCAUGCCUGUUCAUUUAUUCGGUGAUCUGACACGAAAACUAUUUGUUGAGCUCGAUAAGCAAUUGGAAAGCCCGAUCGAAAUCCAUGAAGUUUUAGAGCGUUGGACGCUUGAUGCCAUUGGCAUUGCAGGAUUCGAUUUCGAUUUUAACUCCGUCGCGGAUCCUACCAACGAAUGGGUCACCCGAUACAACAGCAUUAUGAAAGCCAAUACCGAUCCAUUGUUCAUGCUAUUACCCUCGCUUGAGACUCGCUGGCUAUUCCUGUUUCCUAAACGCAAACAGGCACACAAGGAACUCGAUAUUUUUCUCGGUAAAAUUCGUGAAAUCAUCGCCAAGAAGCGCGAGACUUUGGUUAAUGAUAGCUCGAUUGCCGAAAAGCGCACCAGCGAAAAAGACUUGCUUACCCUCAUGCUGGAAGCCAGCGAAGAGGGUAACGGUAAAUUAACAGAUGAAGAAUUACAGAGCAAUUUGUGCGCUUUCUUCUUAGCUGGCCAUGAUACCACUGCUAACGCCUUGUCGUAUGCCAUCUACAACUUGGCUACGCAUCCGGACGUACAAGAAAAGGCACGCGAAGAGGCCAACCUAGUCCUUGGUGACAAGUCCGUAGACGUUCUUCCCACAUUAGAGCAAAUACAGCAGAUGCCUUAUAUCAAUCAAGUAAUCAAAGAAACGAUGCGACGAAACGUUACAGCUACCGGCGUUGUUGCUCGUGAAGCAACUGAAGAUACGGAUUUAGGUGGCGUUUACAUCCCCAAGGGUACCCGCGUGACAGUCGAUAUCAUGGAGAUCCAACGUAAUGUGAAGGUGUGGAAGGACCCCAAAGUCUUUGAUCCCGAGCGAUUUGCACCUGGAGGAGAGGCUGAAAAAGUAGCCAAAAUGGGCAUGAGCUGGUUGCCGUUUAGUAAUGGCGCACGUCAGUGUAUCGGUAUGAACUUUAGCUUGGCCGAACAGCGAGUUUUUCUCCCGAUGCUAUUGAGAAAAUACGAGCUUUCUUUACCAGAAGACUCUAUCCACAAGGAUAAAGUGGUGAUCUCUGGCGUCGGCAUCAUGACGCCCGUUAAUUUACGGAUUAAUUUGAAGCGACGGUUUUAGAUUGGCUAUAGCAUAUCAUUUAUCAAAUUUUGAUCUGUGAUUAUAUCAUAUAUAUUGCACUGAAAGACUAUGUAACCGAAUAUCAUUUUGCUUUCUUCCAAAGGGCGCUAGAGGGACCGUG